AUUCAAGAAAUCUCCAAGAAUUAUCCACCAGGAGAGAACCAGGGGGAGCGAGAGAGGCAAGAGGACGCAAACAACCGCCAGAAGGGAACGAGGGCCCUGCGUUUGAAGAUGCGGCUGACCUCUCCCUAGAAGGACCAGCUAUGGGUUAGACUGGAUUUAUCAUGACUGCGAAAUAAAAGCAAUUCCAUCUAAAGAUGUCUGCUCCAGUCGGGCCCCGGGGCGGCCCGACCGCUCCUCCUGCGGCGGAUGCCCAGCCGGACAUGCCGGACCUAAGCCAUCUGACAGAGGAGGAAAGAAAGAUCAUCCUCUCUGUCAUGGAUCGACAGAAAAAAGAAGAUGAGAAAGAGCAGUCUAUGUUGAAGAAGUUGCACCAGCAGUUUGAGAUGUACAAGGACCAGGUGAAGAAGAUCGGGGAGGAGGCCAAAUCCACGACGGAGCAGAAGAGUGACUCGCCCACCUGCGGCAUCUGCCACAAAACCAAGUUCGCCGACGGCUGCGGCCACGUCUGUUCUUAUUGCCAAACCAAGUUCUGCGCCCGCUGUGGAGGACGAGUGUCUCUGCGUUCCAACAAGGUGAUGUGGGUAUGCAACCUGUGCCGAAAACAACAAGAAAUCCUCACAAAGUCCGGAGCCUGGUUCUACAGCGGCCAACAGCAAGGGGGUGCUGAGGGGCACCGGUUAGGACCUCAGGUCCGACUGGGUCCUGGAGGUUACAGUCCGGACUCGCUUAGGAACGGCUCAUCCAUCGACAGGAAACGAAGCCCCUCUGCAUCCAGGGACCCCAACCAGGCGUACAACCAAAGGGAGGGGGGCGAGCACCCGCAGUAUGCCCCGGUGGACGGCGGCAUGCCCCGAUCUCCGUCCGACUACGGGCGGGACCCGCGCCGCAACCCGCGGGGCUCCAGGAUGCAUGACGGCACCGGGGGCUACCGCGACAGCCGUGGCCGAUGGCACUCACAGGACUAUCCUCUGGAUGCCGAAUUAGACGAGUACGAGCUGCAGCGGCGGCGUGAGGAGGAGUACCAGGCCCGUUACCGCAGCGACCCAAACCUUGCACGCUACCCCGUAAAGCCACAGCCCUACGAGGAACAGAUGCGCAUGCACGCCGAGGUGUCGCGGGCGCGCCAUGAGCGUCGCCACAGCGACGUCUCGCUCGCCUACACUGAGCUGGACGAGCCCGGCUUCGGCCGCCAGUCCCGUGCCCCAUUGGCCGGAGGACCGGGCGCACGCUCCUACUCAGUGGACCGCACAUCGCCGGGCCUACGGACGUCCAACCACAGCCCCCCCACGCCGCACCGGAGCCCCGUGCUGGGCGGUGAGGGAGGGGUUGGCGGCCGGCGGGGUCUCGGCGACCCACUCCGGAAACCCAUGCCGCAACCGCACCACCUGGACCCCAGCUCGGCCAUGCGACGGACAAGCCGCGACGGCAAGGCGGCCGACGGCAUGCUGCGCAACGACUCGCUCAGCUCGGACCAGUCGGAGUCGGUGGUGCGGCCGUCGCCACCUCGGGCGCACCGCAGCAAGCACAUGGGCAAGAUGAGGCAGACGGGCAGCUUCAGCAGCUCUGAGGAGGAGCUGGCCACCACGCCCGAGUACACCAGCUGCGAGGACGUGGAGCUAGAAAGCCACAGUCAAAGGGGAAAAAGACAUACAAAUGAACACGAGACGUUUUUUUUGGACACAACGUACGGCCUGUGUGAGAGGCAAGCGAACAUGGUGCGCUUCGGCGAGCGCUCCCUCGAAGAGGACGCAGAGUGGUGCGAGCCCCAAGUCAAAGAUUCAGGCGUCGACACGUGCAGUAGCACGACGCUAAACGAGGAGCAUAGCCAUAACGAGAAGCACCCGGUGACAUGGCAACCGUCCAAAGAUGGCGAGCGCCUAAUAGGGCGGAUUUUGCUAAACAAGCGGAUGAAAGAUGGCACCGUGCCCAGAGACACAGGGGCACUUCUGGGCCUGAAGGUGGUUGGAGGGAAGAUGACAGAAUCUGGUAGACUUUGUGCUUUCAUCACUAAGGUGAAGAAAGGGAGUCUAGCAGAUACUGUUGGACACCUCCGACCAGGUGAUCAGGUUCUGGAGUGGAAUGGACGGGUCUUGCAAGGCGCCACAUUCAAGGAAGUUUACAAUAUCAUUCUCGAAUCCAAGCCAGAGCCCCAGGUGGAGCUGGUUGUCUCGCGGCCCAUCGGGGAUGUUUCUAGAAUACCAGAGAGCACACAUGGACAACUUGAAUCAAGUUCCAGUUCUUUUGAAUCCCAAAAGAUGGGCCCUGCCAUCUCUGUCACCUCCCCCAUGAGCCCUGGGAUGCUCAGGGACGCCCCUCAGUACCUAUCAGGACAGCUCUCAAGUCCAUGCCUUAGUAGAAGAACCACGCCUUUUGUCCCUAGGGUCCAGGUGAAACUCUGGUACGACAAGGUGGGCCACCAGCUCAUCGUCACCAUCCUAGGGGCAAAAGACCUGCCUUCAAGGGAAGACGGGCGACCCAGGAAUCCCUAUGUGAAAAUCUACUUCCUCCCCGACAGAAGUGACAAGAGCAAGAGGAGGACGAAAACAGUGAAGAAGUCGCUGGAGCCCAAGUGGAGCCAGACGUUCAUGUACUCGCCCGUGCACCGGCGGGAGUUCCGCGAGCGCAUGCUGGAGAUCACGCUGUGGGACCAGGCGCGGGUCCGGGAGGAGGAGAGCGAAUUCCUGGGGGAGAUUCUGAUUGAGCUGGAGACGGCUCUGUUGGAUGACCAGCCCCACUGGUACAAGCUGCAGACGCACGACCUGUCCUCCAUGCCCCUGCCCAACCCUUCCCCCUACAUGCAGAGGAGGCUCCUUCAGGGGGAGAGCCCCACACGCCGGCUACAGAACAAAGGCCCAUAUUAUGCCAAUUCAGGAUCCCAGCGAAUCAGCGACAGUGAGUUCUCUGAUUACGACUGUGAAGACGGAAUUGGUGUAAUCUCAGAUUAUAGACAUAAUGGCAGGGACUUCCAGAGUUCCACUCUAUCGGUCCCUGAGCAGGUCAUGUCCAACCACUGCUCGCGGUCGGACAUGAUCCGUACACGUUCACGGUCCCCCAGUGUCCCUCCACCCCAAAGUCGGAGUUUGGAUCAUGGCGUCAGAGGGGGGCCUUCGCUAUACGGCACUGGCAGGAUGGACCGGCAUCGCUUGUCAGAAGACCGGUACUCGCCCGACAGCGGCGCAUCCAUGUAUCCACUGUUUCGGGAGGACGCGGUCAGGUUACUGCGUUCUACUAGGAUGGCCCGCGCUUAUUCGGAAGGGGCGUACAAUAGUAUGGAAAGAUAUUACAAUGGGCCCAGCCAUGUACCCACACCCUGGCCCAAUCACGUCAUGAAUGGUACCUGUGAUGACUAUAGGUAUAGCCGGGGCAUGGUGGACAGGCAUGAUUAUCACAGGUCCCGCUCCGCCGACCAGCGGCCCAUGAUGGAGAGGCCCGUCUACACUCGCUCCCGGUCCUCGGAGCGACCCGACUCCGGCUACAUGAGGUCCAUGCCGUCCUUGCCUUCCGGAAGAUCUGCCCCUCCCUCUCCCGCCCUAUCGAGGGCGAACCCACGUGCCGGAUCGGUCCAAACCAGCCCCUCAGGGACUCCGGUGUCCAGUCGGAGAGGUCGGCAGCUACCACAGGUCCCGCCAAAGGGGUCUUUAGACAGAAGUGGAGAGGAAGUGAUUGAGCCUUAUGAAGAGGUGACGUGGGAGGACCAGCAGAGAAAAGCCAAUGAAGCUGCGGCUGAGAAUGGGGAUGCAGGCGGCUUGAAGGAUCCACAGUCCAAGCGUGGCUUAGACACCCUGUCCAUGAAGUCCUCGGACAGCGAUGUAAGCGACGUGUCCGCUAUGUCGAGCGCGUCUCGGCUUAGCAGCACGAGCUACAUGUCUGUCCAGUCUGAGCGGGCACGGGGGAACCGCAGGAUCAGGCAAGCGGGCGCCGGCAGCAGCAUGACCAAGAGCUCCAGCGUGGGCGGCGAGAUGUGCUCGCUCGGCCGCAACGACGAGGACGAGGACGACAAGAAGCGCCGCUCCAGCUUCGGCGCCCGCAUGGCCGCCAUGGUGGGCCUGGGCAAGAAGAGUCAGAGCACGUCGCAACUGGACCCCGAGGAGGAAGAAAAGAAGAAGAAGGCGAUCCGUUUGCCCAUCCAGAGGAGUGUGGAGACGGGGCUGGCCAUCGAGUUCAAGAGCCGGAUGACGAGGCAGCCCAGCGGGGAGACCAACGAUGACAGCGAUAAGGCCAAACCUGGAAACCUCAUCUUUCCUGGUGUCAAGAUCUCAUCUGAUAGCCAGUUUACAGAAUUCCUGGAUGGACUAGGCCCCGCCCAGCUUGCCGGGAGGCAGACUCUGGCCACACCCCCAAUGGGUGAUAUCCAGAUCGGCAUGGUGCACAGGAAGGAGAGGCUGGACGUAGAGGUCAUCCGAGCCAGAGGCCUGGUGGGCAAACCAGGCAACAAGCAAACUCCUGCUCCCUAUGUUAAAGUCUAUCUGCUGGACAAUGGGAAAUGUAUCAACAAGAAGAAGACUAGACUGGCCAGAAAAACUCUGGACCCACUGUACCAGCAACAACUUCAGUUUGAAGAAAGUCCCGAAGGGAAAGUUUUACAGAUUAUCGUAUGGGGAGACUAUGGACGCAUGGACCACAAAUCCUUCAUGGGCGCCGCCCAGAUCCUUCUAGAUGACUUAGAGUUGACCAACAUGGUCAUUGGCUGGUACAAACUGUUCCCGCCCACCUCGCUGGUGGACCCGACCUUGGCACCUUUGACCAGUAAAGCAGCGCUAGGAGGCGCGAAGGAAACCGGUUCCAAGGUUCGGUCGUAGCGGCGUUGCGGAGCGGGACAAAAAAAAACCGAGCGGUUUCUAGCGUCGCCGUAGUAGCAACCAGCAAAAUGCGGAGAGGGGAGACAAGUCUCGGCGGGUCGCGCUCCCCCCCAACCCUGCUCACACUGCAUGCUUGAUGUUGUGUCUUCUGAGCCCGCGUGAGAGGAGUUUGGGAGAAGGGGGGGGGGGCCUCCCCGAUGCCGAAACGGCGGGGUCUCCCACUGACGGAGACAACAAAAAAUAGAGCGCCACCCCUCCCGGCCAAGCGUCCCCGCGCUAGGGGGGCACUACUCAAAACAAAAACGGAAAAAAGAUGUGGGGAAGAGGCCGGCGCGCGGGAAAGUGCCGGAAAAAAAUGAAGGACUCGAGAGUUGGGGGCGCUUUUGGUGGCAUUCAGCGAUCACUAGAUUCUACAUGUCUAGUCAAGAAGUCGGGGAGGGAAGUGAAUAAUAGAAAACAAAAAAAAGAGACACAAAAUGAAACCAAGUGGAAAGAAAUGACAAAAAAAAACAAACAAGCAAACAAAAAAAAUACUACUGCAAAGAACUGACAAACGAAUGAGUUCUACAAAAGCCCUGAUUUGACAAGAAAAGGAAAGGUAUCCUUUUUUUUGUCUCAUGUUACUCAAAACAGGGUGUCCGUGUUCCUCACCCCACACAUUUGAUCCAGUGCAACCACAUCUGCACGCCCAGCUGUGACUAAGACAAGAACACAAUGUUCAAGGCCAUGUGGACAAUUCACAGAAGGAAAGCCGUGGAUCAGGCAAGGAACAAAACACCCCGAGUGAAGACCCCAGCAACACAGUAACCAUAACGUCCCUCUACACACACACACACACACACACACACACACACACACACACUGCCCACUGGAAAGUACAAACCUCUAGAAAAGUUGGAGCCCCUUGGAGAAGAGUCUGAGUCCAAACUUGUGGCAGUUCUGAAACAGCCAUCAUUCCAGUGUCAUCUGAGAACAACGACUUGAAAAAAAAACAAGGAUGGAACGCCAGUGUUCCACAGUGACUCUCUCUGUUGAUGUACUGUAUGAAAUUCAUAAAAAGAAUUUCCUUUCUUUUUUGUUUUUCUGUUUUCUUUUCCUUUUUAUUUUUUGUUUCUUUUUGCAUGGAUGAAAAGUUACCUGUGCUGAAAAAAAAGUAUACGAAAGAAUAUUUUCCUUGAGGCUGCAACUUGCAAAAGAGAAAGAAAAAAUGAAAAGAAAAAGAAAAAAGAUGACAAAAAAAACAGCCAUUUUCAGUUGUCGUUUCAAUUGUUUUUAAUAAAAUAAGAGAAUACUUCAACAGUGCAUGGUUAUCAAGGAGAGUGAAUGCAACAUGGUAAAGAUGUAAUUGUCAUCCUUUAAACCAUUCUUCUGUAUUUUUACAGAUAUCUGUGACACUGCAGCCUGAGGAUGUUUCUAACUUUUUUUUAAUGACAAAAAAAAGCCUAUUCAUGGGGCAGAGAAUAAGAAACGAUAAAUAAAUGUACAUUAUAUAUCAUGUGGCAGAGGAACAGGCCUUAAGGUGAAACAUUGUGUGCAAACUGUACAUUUUAAUCCGUUCCUUUCAAUGGCCAUUUUUAAAAACAAUACCUGUCACAGCCUCAUGGUGAAAAAAGAAAUCAGAUUAUCAUGUUGUCCUGUGCCCCAAACUCCUUGUUCGUUUUUGGAGACACCAUUCCAUUCAUUACAACCAAGCAUGUUGAGGAAAAAAAGGGGGGUUGCAACAUGGCUUGAAAAACACUUUUCCAGGUUAACUCAGCAUGUUUUGAUAGAGACGAUGUUUGGGAAAUUUUUUGCAGUUUCUUGUACAGUGCAUGUGAACCUGAAGUCCUACAAUCCCGCCCCUGCCCACAAACAAACACACAAAUACACAUAUACAUAAAUUCAUACAUAUAUACCCACAUGCAUACACACAAACAGCCAUAUAUAUAUAUAUCUGUACACACACAGACACACACACACACACACAGGUCUCCCACUCCCAAAUUCUCCGAUUGUAAUCAACCACCGAUUUAGUUGGGGUUUACAUGGCUGAAGGUUCAGACAUUCAACACAACAUUCCACCUCCUGGUACUCAUAAAGGAAAAAAGGAAAAAUGAGAAUAAAGAAAAUUUUAUAUUUAAUGGAGAUUGACUAGGAGAAAAAAUACAUAAGGUUGCAAGUAUAUUUUAUUUUAAUAUUGUUAUAAAGAAAAUUAUAAAAUAUAAAAAAAAAGAAUGGAUCCCAUGGUUCAGAGCCAUAGAAGGACUGAGAUGUGAGGAGUGAGUGGACUGGGUAGCGUUCUUUCUUGCUGUGAUGUUCAAAUGAACAGGCGCUGCUUGUCAAGGAAGAAACAACGCUCACUGUAUGUUUCAUGGGAUUGAGAAAAAUGCCACACAAUAUGAAUUUUUAAUUGUUUCUUGUUUUGAGAAAAUAAAAUACAUUUACUA